AUGCAAGAGGAUAAGAGAUCAGGUUUUUUUUUUUUUUUGGUGAAGCUACUUGCAAAGGGUUCUAUGUCUACGAUGAUAAUAGCAAGGCACACUCAGAUCCGGAGGAUAUUGUCGAGAUGGCAUUCUUCUCUGUGGUUAAAGAGGCCUGCCGAGCACUUUUUGAAGGUAUUUGUUAAAGCAGUUGACCUGGACAUUUCUGCUGUGAUGGGCAUGGGGUUCCUGCUUUACAGGGGAGGAAUUAUGUUUUGGGCCGAUUCUGUUGGCUCAAAUUACAUUUACUCGAGAUUGAAUGAGUGGUCAAAUAUGUAUGGAGGAUUUUUCAAGCCUUCGUCUAUUUGA